AUGGAUAAUGAUAAUAACACUAAGAUUGAUGCUAUUGAUACGUAUGGUUCAUGUAAUGUCUGUCGUCAAUCAUAUUUAAACAGACAUUUACAUGAACGUGAGAAUUGUGAACCGUAUGAAAAUUUAUUCAGUAACACAAUGAAGCCAAUAACUCUCGAAGAAACGAUUGAUAUCGAUCUAUGGAAUUGGAAGGCGGUAGAAAAAACAUCAGUUUAUUUUCCUAUCUGGAACGCUCAGAAAGAAUGGGGCGAAUCACUGAGUUUAAUUGAACAACUUAAAGAUCCAGUCGAAAUCAUUUGCAAACCAGAACGAUACUGGACAUUAUUUAUUGAUAAAUAUCAACAGAAUCAACUAGAACUAAUGAAAUUACCUAAAGUUUUGUCACAGAUAGCAAUUAUUGAUUAUUUACCAGUAAUGGACGAACAACUAUUUCAUCAAUGCCUUGGUCGUUUACAAUUAUCAGAAGUUCAACCAUCUGAAUAUCGCUCAAAAAUGUAUUUAAUACAAGCAGUUAUAUUUAAAUUUGAAAAUCAACUAGAAAAAUCUCUACAGAGUGCUCAUGACGCGUUACUAUGCCAUCCAUAUGAUGCUGUAAUAGGCGGUCUCGUUAUCUAUAUGAAUCAUUCAAAUUUUCAUUCAACAUCACGUCAAACAUUAAUCAAUGAUAUUAAAAAACGAUCGCUCGAUCUAGUAGAUAUAACUCCGCCAAUCACAAUGAUGAACUUAACAUUUUUGAAUAGAACGGAGUAUUUGCUUAUGCUGAAGAAAUAUGAACGUGCGAUACUGAAGCGGUUAGCUGAGAAUGAUCCCAUUCAAGCAGCCUAUUCUUACAUGGAUUUAAGUAUGGCUGUAACAGGAAGUGGAACACUUUUGAUGAAUAAUUUAAUAAUGGCAUGUCUGUAUUUCUUUAAACUCAUGAAUCAAACGGAAUGCACAUUAGCAGAACUUUAUGCCUAUCGUUCUAUUAUAUUUGAUAUAUCCAUCGAACUAUUUCUUCUAACACGGCACUAUUUACCAUUAUACUUUCAAAUGUAUGCCUAUAAAUUAUUAUACACAUUGAUUAUGUGUUCGACAAAUUUGUUUACUAAACGAUUAAUAUCAUCGGGUAGUUUAAAACCAACCAUUGUGAGUCAACCGAUUUUAAAUGAUUUUCAUGAAACGAUCCUUGAUGAAUUAUUGAAAAGCAUUCUACAACUCUCAAAGGUUACUCCAUUUACACAUGUACCACCAACAGCUUUAUCUUAUGAUAUGGUUUACAUGGGGUGUGCUGGUAACGAAUUUCUAUCCAAAUACUUAAAAUCAUUGGCAGCAGAGAAUUCGAUGUAUCAAUAUUAUUUUUUCGAAGGCAUUUGGAAAGGUUGGAUCAGUGAUGAAGAUUUUGAUUACGAACGCUAUUGUUGUAUGCACUUGUUGUUAAGAGAUUAUCAAUGGACAACAUAUGACGUCGCAGAUCUACUUCGUUGGCCUAUGAUACCAAGAACACAUGAUGGAUGGUACUUGAGUAUCAAACAUGAAUUACAAUUAGAUCAGUCAGGAUAUGCAGAGGUUAUUGGUGUCACACUCAACAAUGAUACAGGUGAUAUUGAAUUUAUGUUUACAGAAGCCAAAAAAACUGAACAUAAAUUAUUUGAUGCGAUGGAUGUUAUGGAUGUGUUAACAAAUGGUAUUACCUAUGCUUGUUUUACAUUGGAUCCUCCGAAUGCUCAAUAUCAUUCGCAUCCGUUUAAUGAAAUGAGAUAUUUGCCAAAACGUUUGGUUAAAGUACCGAACUAUUUACUUACACUAUUACAUACUGAUUAUCUAUUAAAAAUGAUUUCGACUGGUGUCGAAAUCUGUUCACUAACUCCAUUUGAAAUGCGUUCGUCAUCGGAAAAUUUAAUGCAACGAUUGCCAGCACAUAUACGCGAAGAGUUACAGUCAAUAGCGAUGAAACAUAAGGGACCUCUGAUUGACAGUAUUCAUCGUUUUUGGAUACAUGACAAAGUUAAGAUGUGUGUAAAAAAACAUCGAAUGAAAUAUGAUGAACACGGUAAUUUAAUUGACGAUUCAAGUGAUGACGAGAACGAUCAGUCGGCUGAAGCUGAGUUUGCACGUAUUUUUACAAAAUACUAUGAUGAGAUCGGACAAUACUUUCCUGAAUUGCUGCGUUUAAAAGAAUUAUUGAAAUUAAGUGUUUUAUCACGUAUCAUUCAAGCACGCUAUGAAAGUCAAUGCAAUUUUAUUGCACAAAUUGAAAAUGAUACUACUCUUCGAGAUCAUCUCACCGAAAUUAAAAGAAAAAUUGAGAAAUCGAAGAAAUCAACAACAACUCCAAACGCUAAUCAAGUGUCAAAGCGAUCUCGAGAUAUUAAAGCUAAAGCAGAAUCAGACAAAACACAACGGUCCCGGUAUCGAAACAAUAACACGGCUCCUGAAAAACAGAGAACCUCGAAAACAUUGGAAAUUCCAAAGAACCCUGUUGUUGAAUUCGAAGUAGGUACCUAUCAUGACCUGAAAAAACGUAGCGAAGUCGGCGAUGGUCUUGAAAUUCAUCACGUAAUACAGCAGAAAGUGGGAACCAUGUGUGUUCCAAAUUACAAUCCAGAAUACGGUGUGUGUAUUGCUAUUCGAAGAAAUUAUCAUACGAAAAUUAAAACACUGAAGGAAAAGCAAAUCAAAGAGCAAUACAUCAAUACACGAAAGACACCACGUGAUAUACUUGCUGAUGAUAUUUGGCGUAAUCGAGAAAUUUUUCCGGACAUGACAAUCGAUGAGCAGACCGCAUUCAGAAGGGCAUUGAUGCAAGUAAUUAAAAUGCAUCAUGAACAGUGUCCUGAAUCAUUUGAGAGGAAAUGACAAUAAGCUACAAAAUGACAUCAAUCUAUAUUCACUAAAUUCCACAUAUGCCUAUAUUUUUCUAUGAUCAUUAAUAUAGCAUAUAUGUGUCGGGUGUGGGUGUGGGCUGGGGUGUGGCUGUGGGGUGUGUGUGGGUAGGUGUGAGGGUGUGGGUGAGUGUGGGCAUGGGUGGGUGUGAGUGUGGUUGCGUGUGGGCGUGUGUGGGUGUGGAUAGGUGUGAGGGUGUGGGCGUGGGUGGGUGUGGGUGUGGGUAGGUGUGAGGGUGUGGGUGUGUGUGGGUGUGGGUGUGGGUAGGUGUGGGUGUGGGUAGGUGUGAGGGUGUGGGUGUGGGUAGGUGUGAGGGUGUGGGUGUGUGUGGGUGUGGGUGUGAGUAGGUGUGAGGGUGUGGGUGUGUGUGGGUGUGAGUGUGAGUGUAGGUGUGGGUGGGUGUGGGUGUGAGUGUAGGUGUGGGUGGGUGUGGGUGUGAGUGUAGGUGUGGGUGAGUGUGGGUGUGAGUGUGCGUAAACAAUAAUCAACCACUCCUACACCCACAUCCCACACCCUCAGCCACACCCACCCACCCACACCUACUCACCCACACCCACACCCCAAGGCAUCCUUAUCCUUAACACUUUAGUGGAAUUCAAGUAAAUCAAGCAAUUCAAUAGAAUUUCUUCAAUUUCUUGAUUUCGUUAAAUUCCUUGGAUUCCUUGAAUUACUGGGGUUACUUGAAUUCCUUGAUCUCUUUGAAUUACUUGAAUUGCUUCAGCUCCUUGUAUUAUUGGGAUUACUUGAAUUGCGAAUUGCUGGAUCUGGGUUAUAUCUCCGUAUUCGAGUCUCGUCAUAGUGGAAUCAUAUCUUAUGUAUAACUCUUGUCGAUUCGAUUAUCAGAAAUGAUAAGAGUUUCUUGUUCUGCAUGGGUAUGAUUUCUAUAAAAGCCUUUUCGUUGUGAUUAAGUCAUACAUAACAAAACUUUUCGCUUCUGCUGUAGGCUAAUGUAAAUGACUAUUGAAUAACACCUUGCUAAUCGCUUGCUUAUAACGUUGAUCACAAGAAACGAGUAGUUUGUGUUGAUUUGGAAGGAUAUGAUUCAUUGAUAAAAAGAAAUACAACAACUAUAUAGUAAUAACUUGAAAAAAAACUUUUCAUCCAGCGCCUUAUGUCAUGAAUGGCAUAUAACAACCUUUUGAUUUCUUCUAGCAUCGCAUUACUUG